AUGGCGGAGGCCGCGUCGCCACACCUGUCGCUGCCCUCGGGGCUGCUGGAGUUGUGCGCGCUGCUGGGCCCCCGGGACAGCCUCCGCGGCCUCGAGCAGGUUGCUCAGAAAAAGGGAGUGAGAAAUCUUUCUGCUCUGGAUCCAGAGGUCCUGUAUUUUGUGCCUCCUUUUAUCAGUAAAGAGGACAGUCAAAUGAGCAGUGCAAACUGCGGCACUCUCGGUAAAACCAGGAGGCGUUCCUUCAGAAAGAAGCGAGAGAAGCCCCGGCCAGAGCAGUGGAAGGGCCUGUCGGGGCCCCCCAGAGUGUCAGAGCCUGAGGAUGUCAACGUCCCGGGUGGUGUGGACCUCCUUGCCCUGCCCCAGCUGUGCUUCCCAGGGGGUGUGUGUGUGGCCACUGAGCCCAAGGAGGACCACGUCCACUUCCUAGUGCUGACCGACGUCUGCGGGAAUAGGACCUAUGGCGUGGUGGCCCAGUACUACCGGCCCCUGCACGAUGAGUACUGUUUCUACAAUGGCAAAACACACUGGGAGCCGUCCCGGCCAGUCAUGGGUGCUGCUGGCUGCUUUGUGCCCUUCGCGGUGUGCGUGGUCUCCAGAUUCCCCUAUUACAACUCCCUCAAGGACUGCCUCUCCUGUUUAUUGACUCAUCUGAAGCUCUGUAAAGAUUUUGAAGUCGACAAUCCUAUAAAGGACUUUGCUGCGAAGCUGUCUUUAAUACCCAGUCCGCCGCCUGGGCCGCUCCAUUUGGUUUUUAACAUGAAGCCGCUCCAGAUUGUGUUUCCCGCCCGAGCAGACCCUGAAAGCCCUGUCCUGGACCUGGACCUUCACCUGCCCUUGCUGUGCUUCCGGCCAGAGAAGGUGCUGCAGAUCCUGACGUGCAUCCUGAUGGAACAGCGGAUCGUAUUCUUCUCCUCAGACUGGGCUCUGCUGACACUGGUUGCCGAGUGCUUCAUGGCCUACCUGCACCCCCUGCAGUGGCAGCACCCCUUCGUGCCCAUCCUGUCGGACCAGAUGCUGGAUUUCGUCAUGGCCCCCACGUCAUUCCUCAUGGGCUGCCAUCUUGACCACUUCGAAGAAGUCAGCAAGGAAGCUGACGGCUUAGUUCUGGUAAACAUUGAUCAUGGGAGCGUCACCUACUCCAAGUCUGCGAGCGACACUGUGGACAUUCCUGACGUCCCCCUCCUGGCUGCCCAGACAUUCAUUCAGAGGGUGCAGAGCCUCCAGCUCCACCACGAGCUGCACGCUGCCCACCUCUGCUCCAGCACAGACCUGAAUGAGGGCCGAGCCCCGCGGGCAUGGCAGCAGAAACUCAACUGCCAGAUACAGCAGACCACCCUGCAGCUGCUCGUGAGCGUCUUCAGGGAUGUGAAGAAUCAUUUAAAUUAUGAACACAGAGUCUUCAACAGUGAAGAAUUUCUCAAAACCAGGGCUCCAGGGGACCAUCAGUUUUAUAAGCAGGUCUUAGACACCUACAUGUUCCAUUCUUUCCUUAAAGCUCGGCUCAGCCGGAGGAUGGACGCCUUCGCCCAGAUGGACCUUCACACCCAGUCGGAGGAGGACAGAAUAAACGGAAUGCUCCUAAGUCCAAGGAGACCAACUGUGGAGAAAAUCGCCUCUCGGAAGUCCUCACCCCUGCACGUCCCCCACAGGCGCAUGGUGGUCAGCAUGCCCGACCUGCAGGACAUCGCCACGCCCGAGCUGGCACCCAGAAACUCCUCGCUCCGACUGACAGACACCAUGGGUUGCAGGGGCAGUGGUGCAGUUCUGAAUGUGCCGCCCAAGUCCACAUACAUGUUCAAGAUUCCAGAAAUCCACUUCCCGCUGGUGGGCCAGUGUGUGCAGGCUUACUACGCCGACUUUGCCGCCCUGCUGACCAAGGCCAUGGGCUUUCUGGCUCCUGACAACUCUCUACUCCUGGCCCGCUAUUUCUACCUCCGAGGGCUCGUUCAUCUGAUGCAGGGACAGCUGCUGAGUGCCCUCUUGGACUUCCAGAAUCUGUAUAAAACAGACAUAGGGAUCUUUCCCGCUGAUCUGGUGAAGAGGACAGUGGAGUCCAUGUCUGCUCCUGAGCGGGCGCAGGCUGAGCGGGCGCCAGAGCUGAUGAGGCUCAUCAGCGAGAUCCUGGACAAGCCGCACGAGGCCUCAAAGCCGGAUGACCACGUGAAGAACUUCCAGCUGCCCAAGAAGCACAUGCAGCUGGGCGACUUUGUGAAGCGGGUCCAGGAGUCGGGGAUCGUGAGGGACGCCAGCACCAUCCACCGGCUGUUCGAGGCCCUGACUGUGGGACAGCAGAAACAAAUCGAUCCAGAAACAUUCAAAGAUUUCUACAACUGCUGGAAGGAGACGGAAGCAGAAGCACAGGAGGUCAGUCUGCCAUGGCUGGUGAUGGAACACCUGGAUAAAAACGAGUGUGUGUAUAAGUUGUCCAGCUCUGUCAAGACGAACCUAGGCGUUGGCAAGAUCGCCAUGACCCAGAAGCGCCUGUUCCUCCUAACAGAAGGCAGGCCCGGCUACGUGGAGAUUUCCACCUUCAGAAAUAUAGAGGAGGUCAGGAGCACCACCACUGCGUUUCUGCUUCGGAGAAUACCCACCCUAAAAAUCAAAGGGGCAUCCAAGAAAGAAGUCUUUGAGGCCAACCUGAAAACUGAGUGUGACCUCUGGCACCUGAUGGUGAAGGAGAUGUGGGCUGGGAAGAAGCUGGCCGAUGACCACAAGGACCCGCAGUACGUCCAGCAGGCACUGACCAACGUCUUGCUGAUGGAUGCCGUCGUGGGCACGCUGCAGUCACCGGGCGCCAUCUACGCUGCCUCCAAGUUAUCUUACUUUGAUAAGAUGAGGCAUGAAUUGCCCAUGGCGCUACCGAAGACAAGCUUGGAAACUCUGAAGCACAAAAUCAACCCCUCGGCGGGUGAGACGCUCCCACAAGCGGUGGAUGUGCUGCUGUACACGCCCGGGCAUCUUGACCCAGCUGAAAAAGUUGAAGAUGCUCACCCCAAGUUAUGGUGUGCUCUGAGCGAAGGCAAGGUGACUGUGUUCGACGCUUCUUCAUGGACAGUCCACCAGCACUGCUUUAAAGUGGGCGCUGCUAAGGUGAACUGCAUGGUGAUGGCAGACCAGAACCAGGUGUGGGUGGGCUCGGCAGACUCCGUCAUCUACAUCAUCAAUGUCCACAGCAUGUCCUGCAACAAGCAACUCACAGAUCACCGCUCCAGCGUCACGGACUUGAUCGUGCAGGACGGACAGAAGGCGCCCAGCGAGGUGUACUCAUGCAGCGUGGAUGGCACAGUGCUGGCGUGGAACGUGCGCACGCUGCGGGUGACCAGUCGCUUCCAGCUGCCAAGCGGUGGCCUCACAUCCAUCAGACUGCACGGUGGCCGCCUGUGGUGCUGUACAGGUAACAGCAUCGUGGUCAUGACAACGAACGGCUUCCUUCGUCAAGAACUGAAGAUUGAGGAGAACUUCACAGACACCAACACCUCCUUCCUGGCCUUCCAGCUCCUUCCUGAGCAGGAGCAGCUGUGGGCGGCAUGUACAGGACGAAGCGAGGUUUACAUCUGGAGCCUGAAGGACCUGGCCCAGCCCCCUCAGAGGGUGCCCCUCGAGGACUGCUCUGAGAUCAUCUGCAUGAUCCGGGUGAAGAAGCAGGUCUGGGUGGGUAGCCGAGGGCUGUGGCAGGGAACACCCAAGGGGAAAAUCUACGUGAUUGAUGCCGAGAGCAAGACCGUGGAGAAGGAGCUGGUGGCACACAUGGACACUGUGAGGACGCUGUGCUCGGCUGAGGACAGAUACGUGCUGAGUGGGUCGGGCAAGGAGGAGGGGAAGAUCGCCAUCUGGAAAGGAGAAUAGCGUGGCUGAGCGUGCCAAGCGGAACCAUGCCCUCUGUGUGGGGACCGGCUUCCCCCCGUUGCUCCAAAGAGCCCGUCAGGAGCAGAAGCCCCAAGUGGUGAGGGGCAGGGCAGCCCAGGCUCAGCAUGGAGCUUCCUUACCGUGUGGUCAGCAGCUUCUCAUAGGCCUUUGGGCCCCCUGGCUAAACCUCACGGAGAGUGUGUCCUGCUGGGGUACGUCUCAGGCAGGCAGCCGCAUCGUGUUGGUGAUAACCUCUAUUGAGAUGUUACUUUGUGUAUUGCCUGGAAAUUGCUGGAAACCACAACCAUGGGCUGGCAUGAAGCCGGAGACUGAGUCACAGGUGACCUGAGGCUCUCACCUCUCUGGUCUUCCUUUCCUUACCUCAUGCAUUCACUUACCUGGUCCUUAGGCAUCACAGAGGAAUGCUGGGCUGGGCACCUGAUGGUGAGCCCGGGGCCUGCGAGAAGGAAGAGUGGUUCAGAUAACAAAGGGUCUGUCUCCUGGCAGAGAAGGGGGGCAGGGCCUGUGCAGGUGGAGGGGACCACAGUGGGAUAAGGUUUUUGGGACAGGGGUUGGGCCAGCUGAGGCAAGAUGUCUUUUUUCCUUUUCUUUUUAAUAAUGCACAAUUUUUAUAAUAAUCCUAGAGACCUUUUAUCUGCCAAAGAUCGCAGACCAAAAGAAGUUCCAUCUGAAAUAUGCUCAGGAAACUACACAGAAUCUAAAGAAAAAGUAAAAUAGCAUCAUGCGUGGUCUCAUAUUCCAGUGAAGAUGCCCCAGAUGAGUGUGCGGUUCAGCCCCUACGUCCGUGUGCGCACUGGAUGUGCACGGGCAAGACGCCGCACUGAACUGAACAUCUUAGCUGUACACAAAGAUUUGCAAAAGGGACCUUUUGUGCUUUUUUACUGUAAUGUUGAGAUUUCAUCACUUAGAUGUUCCGUGGAAGGUUCUGGUGUGGCUUCUGGAGCUGGAGACAGCAUGUCAGCACAUGCUGAGGGCGUGGGGCCUGCCCCCUGGGCACGCAUCCAUGGGCUGGGCCGUGGAGCCCUGGCUUCUCAGGACACAGCCCCAGAGUUGGCACACCCCGAGUAUCUCUGGAGGUGUUUGCCAGGCUCCUGGAACAGGACACCUUCAGAAACUCUGCAGGGCCUCCAGAUGGAAAGGCAGGCUGGCUUCUGGUUGGGUCUGCAUUUUGGAGAGUCUACACCACAGGCCAGCUUUUGCCCAGGCUUGGCUUCGCAUGGCCACUCACCUCUUGGGCGUUCUGACAAUGUGGGCAGAGCAGAGCUUUGUGGCUUCAUCCUCCCCCAAGGCUGUGCCUACGGCGGGGGCAUGAUCCCAAUUUCUAGCAGGGGAGAGGUUGGAGUUUGCUUUUAUAAACACAUGAAUACUUAUAAAAGUCUGUCAAAAAUACAUGUAUAAGUUAUUUAAUGCCAGUCCUCAGGUAACCUCAGGCAUUGUCAGCUUAUGGAUAAUAAAUUUUGUUGAUUAAA